AUGAAUGGUAUGUGGAUGACGGAGGAGUGCAAGAGAUCAUUCAUGGAGAUGAAGUGGAAGAAAGUGCAUAGAUACAUCGUUUUCAAGAUCGAGGAGAAAUCCACGAAAGUCACCGUAGACAAGGUCGGUGCUGCCGGCGAGAGCUAUCACGAUCUCGCCGCUUCCUUGCCGGAAAAUGACUGUCGCUACGCCGUGUUUGAUUUUGACUACGUCACAGUCGAUAACUGCCGCAUGAGCAAGCUCUUCUUCAUUACAUGGUCGCCCGAGGCGUCGAGGAUAAGGGAAAAGAUGAUGUACGCAACGUCGAAGAGUGGGCUGAGGAGAGUGUUGGAAGGCAUUCACUAUGAGUUUCAAGCCACCGACCAAACCGAGAUGGGAUUUGACAAAAUACAGGACCGGACCAAAUAAUUAUACAUUCUAUUUAACCGGAGUUACAUGCUUCAGUUAUUGAUGUCUAAUUCUAUAAUAAUGUUAGUUAUAGUUGUUUAGUAGUACUUAACUCCGUAUUUGUGUUUUAUUGACAAGAGUUCUAUGGCUAUUAAUGUUUCUGUUGCUGUUAUGUUAGUGUAAGUGUUGAAUGUUAUUUCUGUC